GUCCCGUGGCCGUCCCGUGGGCGCCAUGAAGUUGUCUUUGUGCAGGAUCGACUGGCAGAUGAAGGAUCCCUUCACUAUGAUCAAUGACCUUCAGCAGGACAUAUCGUUGCCAGUCACGCGUCCUGCCCUCUUGAAGAAGCUGUUGCGUGAAGGAGUGCUGCGGAUCCUGGAGAGAUCAGCCAGCAAUACCUUGGGGUCCCCGCAGCGCCUGUGCUUCGACGUGGUGGUUUCAGCUACUCGAUCGUUGAAGUUCGAUAAGAUCCAGAGGGGCUCCAACAAGGCGGUUCUGUGGGGCUACGUGGACCCGUGA